UUUGAUGAACAGGAUAAGGAACUUAAGACACACCCCGCCUCUUUGCCUUAAAAGCACCCUGACUGGAGCACAGUUCAGUUGCGGACAUUGCAGGGUAACAGCAACACGCGCCAUGAAGAACUUCACUUUGAUAGCAGCUUUGAGUCUCUGCAGCAUUAGCUGGAUCUCUGCCUCAGUCUCUCAGUAUCAAACUGUGGAGGCUCAGCGUGGUGAAGAAGUCACACUGCAGUGCAACAACAUUUCAAAAUAUGAUACUCAAACAUUCUGGUCCAGACUGGUCAACAGAACCAAGAUCAGCUGCGUUGUCGUUAAGUUGAAGUAUGCAAGCAACGUUACAGCCUGUGAUGGAUAUGAACAAAAGAAAUUUGAAGUGAAAUCCGACAUCUCCACUGUCUUUCUCAACAUCAAGAAAGUGGAUUCAUCUGACUCUGGACUGUAUUACUGUGGAAUUUUUGUAAACGGCAUUCCAGUUUUGACUCCUAUACGUUUAAAAGUUAAUGUCGACUCUGAUGGAAUAGCAAUGCUGACAAGUGUGAUCCUGGGUGCUCUGACUGUUGUCCUUAUACUGGUCGUCGUUGGUCUGGUUUUGAAAGUCAGGAAACUUCAGACAGCUGUUGAGGAAGACCAGAAUCCAGAAAAAAGAGAGAAUGGGGGCCGUGAUGAUGAUGUGAACUACGCAGCUGUGACAAUUCGACCGAAAGCAAAAAGAAGAGAGCAGGAGCCAAAUAUUAUCUAUGCUUCAACCAGAUAGACUCAGGAGGCAACUGGAGCUGACGCUCUAUUAUAUGAAAAUGUGUUGAGCUUUUGUAUGCCAUGUUGGUGACAGCAGUUACCAUUCUAGCCAAACUCUUUUCUUACGCAAUAAAGAUGAUGUGUUCAUCCA